CUCUUUUCUCUUCACGCGAACAUUUUGAGGGUUUUGGUUCUCCGCUUUUAUUUCUACCGGACAAAUAAUCGUUCGCUCCAAGUAAAGUUGGAACGAACCGUCUGCUGCCGAAAAUAGCUCCAUUAUCCUUGAACGGCAGUUUGGACCGCACACGCUAUAGUUCUUUUUUUGGCCUUGGCCAAGCUUCUCGACGAGUCUAUCCGUCGUGGACUCGUUUCAAACCAUGAGGGGGCUCAACUCGCGAGUCACCCGACCUCCCCAGAAGAUAGGCACUCCCUUAGCAUAUGGGUUUCCUGUUGUCCGACUUUACUGCCCUGGAUCCCCCAAAGAGCCCUCGAGCCUUCACUCGAAAGGCCGCAGUGGACUGGGGGAAGAACCAGACGGCGUCCUUCGCAAGAGAAAUCUGCAGACGUCUACUCAAACCAUUCGAUAUAUGGGAUCACAACGGGAUCGUCCAUUCAGCUUUUUGCUCUUCAAUAUGCAUCGGAGCCACCAUGCGGACCUUCGCCUUACACUGCGAGGACCUCCUACAGCACUCCGUAAUACAACGUACGAAUACUCCAUACAUCGCAUGAUUUGCACGAUCCGCACCAUCCCCAGCGCCUAUCGUGACGCAGGCUUCACACCUAAACAUGCUGCUCCUGUGGCCUUCUGGUCGCUGAAUAUUGUGCCCAGGGAGGGGCUCGACAUGACCACAUUAGAUGGCUUCAUGUUUCCUGAUCUGGUCUAUCACUGCCCGGAACUCGUCCAUACCUAUAUAAUCACUCGUUCCCCCUCCUCUUCACUUGAAGAACUAGUCAUAGACAACCAGUAUCUUGUCGCCCUGUCGAGAUUCGCUUGA